AAACAUGGAAAUAUUGAAAACCAAAAAUUCAUAAGUAUGAGAUGAAGCAUUGGUUCGGUGCGGUUCAAUUUCAAUUAGCCAUAACCGGAACACUAUAUCGUCUCCGUGAGAAUCGAGAUUCAGACAGACAACACCUGCAAAAACCCCCAUUGUUCUUCAUUCAAUAGCCAGAGCGAUAAAACCCUAAACCCACUAGUUAAAGUAAUCACUUUUAUUGUUUCUCUCCGGCUCCUUCAAUCUGUGUAUGCUGAUACAUAUCAGAAUUCCUCGAAAGAUCUUAGCUUUGAGGCGUCAUGUUUUUCCGCCUUAUAAUGCGUUCUUCUCCGUCUCUUCUCGACCUUCUCAGUUUUCCUCGGACCAAGUGGCGGCUCACAAUGUUGCAUCUUUACUAAAAAGCCCCAAUUGGGAGAAGAACAGUUCUCUUAAAUCUCUAGUCUCUCACAUGAGCCCAAAUGUCGCUUCACAGGUCAUUUCGCUUCAACGCAGUGACAAUGACAUUUGCGUUCGCUUUUUCAUGUGGGUCUGCAAGCAUUCGUCGUACUGUUUUGACCCAACUCAGAAAAAUCAGCUUUUGAAACUGAUUGUUUCUUCCGGAUUGUUUCGAGUUGCGCAUGAUGUUAUUGUUGCGUUGAUCAGGGAAUGUAGUAGAUGCGAGAAAGAGAUGUUGAAACUAAUAAGUUGUUUUGAUGAGCUGAGAGAGGUUUCUGGGUUCCGGUUAAAUUACCCUUGUUACAGCUCUCUUUUGAUGUCCUUGGCUAAACUUGAUUUAGGAUUUUUAGCUUACGUGACUUACAGAAGAAUGGAAGCUGACGGAUUUGUUGUUGGUAUGAUUGAUUAUAGAACCAUUGUCAAUGCUCUGUGUAAGAAUGGAUACACGGAAGCCGCUGAGAUGUUCAUGUGUAAGAUUCUUAAAGUUGGGUUUCUGUUAGAUUCCCAUAUAGUCACUUCUCUGUUGCUGGGUUUUUGCCGUGGAUUGAACCUUAGAGAUGCACUCAAGGUGUUUGAUUUAAUGUCUAGGGAGGGAACUUGUGCACCAAACUCUGUUAGUUACUCCAUUUUGAUUCACGGGUUGUGUGAAGUAGGGAGACUUGAAGAAGCCUUUGGCUUAAAAGAUCAAAUGGGUGAGAAAGGUUGCCAACCAAGCACACGUACAUAUACUGUGCUUAUUAAAGCCUUGUGCGAUAGAGGUUUGAUUGAUAAAGCUUUUAACUUGUUUGAUGAGAUGAUUGCUAGAGGGUGCAAACCAAACGUUCACACUUACACCGUUUUGAUUGAUGGGUUAUGUAGAGACGGAAAGAUUGAAGAGGCUAAUGGGGUUUGUCGAAAGAUGGUUAAAGACGGGAUAUUUCCCAGUGUAAUAACUUACAAUGCGUUGAUAAAUGGCUACUGCAAAGAUGGACGGGUUGUUCCCGCUUUUGAGCUUCUUACUGUAAUGGAGAAGAGGGCUUGCAAACCAAAUGUAAGAACUUUUAACGAGCUUAUGGAAGGGUUGUGUAGAGUUGGGAAACCGUACAAGGCCGUGCACCUUUUGAAGAGAAUGCUGGACAAUGGCCUGUCACCUGACAUUGUGAGCUAUAAUGUUUUGAUCGAUGGGCUUUGUAGAGAAGGCCAUAUGAAUGUGGCGUACAAGCUACUUACCUCGAUGAACUCCUUUGACCUUGAGCCUGAUUGUCUUACAUUCACCGCUAUAAUAAAUGCUUUCUGCAAACAAGGGAAGGCUGACGUUGCUAGCGCAUUCUUAGGUUUGAUGCUUAGAAAAGGAAUAAGCCUAGAUGAAGUAACAGGUACAACUCUUAUUGAUGGUGUCUGCAAUGUCGGUAAAACCCGUGACGCAUUGUUUAUCCUGGAGACGUUGGUUAAAAUGAGAAUGUUGACAACUCCUCACUCCCUGAACGUGAUUCUUGAUAUGCUCAGUAAAGGUUGUAAACUGAAGGAGGAAUUAGCAAUGCUUGGGAAAAUCAAUAAGCUUGGUUUAGUUCCUUCUGUAGUGACUUACACAACAUUGGUUGAUGGGUUGAUUCGAUCAGGUGAUAUUAGCGGUUCCUUCAGGAUGCUAGAACUGAUGAAGUUAAGUGGUUGUUUGCCGAAUGUCUAUCCAUACACAAUCAUCAUCAAUGGUCUUUGUCAAUUUGGGAGAGUCGAGGAAGCAGAGAAGCUUCUUUCUGCUAUGCAAGAUUCAGGAGUUUCACCAAACCAUGUUACUUAUACCGUUAUGGUGAAAGGAUAUGUCAAUAAUGGAAAACUAGACCGUGCUCUUGAAACAGUAAGAGCAAUGGUUGAAAGAGGAUAUGAACUAAAUGACCGUAUCUAUUCUUCUUUGUUACGGGGAUUUGUCUUAUCUCAAAAAGGUAUUAGAGAAACCGAUCCUGAAUGUAUCAAAGAACUCAUAUCUGUGGUAGAACAACUUGGUGGGUCUACCAGCGGGUUAUGUAUUUUCUUGGUCACACGGUUAUGCAAAGAGGGAAGAACGGAUGAGUCCAACGGUCUAGUCCAAACUAUACUCAAGAGCGGUGUUUUUCUCGAGAAGGCCAUCGACAUCAUCAUGGAAUCUUAUUGCAGCAAGAAGAAACACACCAAGUGUGUGGAGCUGAUAACACUUGUUCUCAAAUCCGGGUUUGUCCCGAGUUUCAAAUCUUUCUGCCUAGUGAUUCAAGGUUUGAAGAAGGAAGGAGAUACAGAGCGGGCGCGUGAGCUCGUAAUGGAGCUUCUUACCUCGAAUGGAGUUGUAGAGAAAAGUGGAGUGUUGCCUUAUGUUGAGUGUCUCAUGGAAACUGGUGAUUGCAGUGAAGUCAUAGAUUUGGUGGAUCAAUUGCACAGCAGAGAAAGACCCACCUUCUAAAACUAUUACUCUUUAAGAUUUUGUAUAGCUUUUUUUUUGCUUGUACGAAGAAGAUAAUCCUUUUGAAUGUAUAAGUGUGGAUGAGAACCUCGUACAGUAUAUGUAUAUCAAUCAAUCGUGUGCUUGAUUUUGUUGAAUAGAA